UAUCGUAAACUUUAAACGCUUUAAAAACAUAUUAAGGGGUUCGAAAAGUACCAUAAAAGUUAUAUUAUGAAUUUUCGUAGUGUUGAAAAACAGUUGGUCGUGGUUUAAAAUUCAAAAAACGUUUAUUUGAGCUUUUUAAUGUUUACGACAUCUAACAAUACGACACUUACGACACCGUUGUGAAUCCCUCAAAUAUGAGUACCAAAUGAAAGAGAAAUUGCGAAGAAUUAGAAAAUAAAGCUAAAUUCUGUAGUUCAUAAGAAUGAAUAGGUAUUGGAAAUGCCUUUUUAAUUAAUUUUAUUUUUUGUAAGUUAAUUGUGUUAGAAGGAUAAAAUUCGAGGAUUUGGUCGAAUGUAUAGCUCUCCUUAACAUAUAAGUUUUCCAAAAAAAAUUUUGCAAAAUUUCAAGCAUAUUCAAGGAUAAAAUUUUAAAAGGACAUUCUCAAUACCUACUCAUCCUUAUGCACCAAAGAAUUUAAUCUGCUUUAAUUAUACUGAUCUUUAUCUUUGGUGUGAUGCCUAUCCUGUUUUUCGAGAUUGCACUGAUUUUUUUUUAAAUAAUUUUUUGAACUAAUCAUGUUUGUUCAAAUUUCAAAGUCUAUAAAAAAAACCCUGACAUAAGAGAGAAACAUUAAAAAUGCAGUUUAACAAAAUUUUUGGAUGAAUGGAAGUGUCUUAAAAAUGCAGAAAUUAUUUAAUUGUUGUCUUCCUUGAACAGUAUGUGCCCUCAGUAGGAUAAUUUAAAAAUAUAAAACUUAAAAAUACUGCCAUUAUUAAAAGUCAUAAAUGAGCAAGCAUUAAACGAAAAAAUUACAUACAUGUGUAGGUACAUACGUGCGCGAUCUUUUAAUUGAAUGUUGUAGAAAAGUUUGUAAACAUUAAAGAAAUCAACUAACAUACAUACAUAGGUACUUACUUCAUUAAUUUUGCAUAAUAAUAAUUAAAGAUCAUAUUGAGCGGCUCGGGGAAUCCUCAUAUGUACGGGUAUCUACAUAUUGCAUACGCGAGUUCAACAAGGGCAUUUCCAAAUACCAACGACAAUGCCAAACCUCAAGAAACUAAUGCUAUUCAAACGCACAACUCUUCCGAAAAAAACGUCAACUGCACCGGAAAAUCAUUUUGCACUGACGUGCCAAAUGAUUUAGAGCAAACGCAAUUACAUAAUAUAAGCUUGGAAAAUUUGGCACAAUUUCCAGCACAUUUCAGAGAUGAUUAUACAGGGGAUACUGCGGUGCGAUCAAUGCAUUACACUGACUCUGACGAAUUUGACUACUGCGAUUCGAUAACAAGGUUGGUAUAUCCACAAAGCGCUGAAACUAAGGACUCGAAGUCGGUAUUGGUGGUACAACGCGGUGGGAACAAACAAGGAAUCUUAAUAGAGGAAUGCACUGAAACAAAUAAAGAAUGUAGAUUUGCAAACAGCUUGCCGGUAGGCUACACAUCGACAUGCACUCAGCGCUACACUUUUCGAUCCGUAGUUGUAUUUAUGAAUGGUGAAUUGAAGGAAGAAUUAAUAAAGAUCCCCAGCUCCUGUAAAUGUUCAAUAAAAUUUAGGGGUAAUUAAAAACUGAUCGACUUGGAAAUAUGUGAAGCGACAGUGGAGCUGCAUUGUCAAGGAAACUCUUAUUAAUACUCUUAUGCACAAAAGAAAUUAUUCAAACAUACAUAAACAAUGUAUAUAUGAAAUAUAUCCUAUUGGUGGUAGUUAUGGGCGCUGUGAAAAAAAUAAACGGGAAUGGUUUUUUGAAAUGGCAAACUCAUUUA